ACCUAAACGCACAGCGGCUAAACGUGGGCAUCUUUUUUAAAGCGUUUGCGUGGUGUAAUUUUACUCUGAGAGUCACGCUGCGGAUUAAACAAGGACGAGAACUUUGGUCCUGUUUUUUUUCCACCCUGAAAAUAUAACCGUAGUUCAGCUAUGGCAGCUCCGGAUUAUAAUUUUUUACUCUCGACUGAUUCGUACAAGAUCACACACUACAAGCAGUAUCCUCCAGACCUGAGCAAAGUGUAUUCGUACUUCGAGUGCCGGCACAAGAAAGGGACUCAGUUCAACGAAGUGGUGUUUUUCGGCCUGCAGUAUCUCCUGAAGAAAUACAUCGCAGGAUGCGUCAUCACAGAGGAGAAGAUUCAGGAGGCCAAAGUGUUUUACCAGAUGCACUUCAAGCAGUCGGUGUUUGACGAAGAGGGCUGGAGGAAACUCAUGGAGAGAUACGACGGCCGCCUCCCGAUCCGCAUCAAAGCCGUUCCCGAGGGGAAGGUCAUUCCCAGGGGGAACGUCCUGUUCACCGUAGAGAACACGGACCCAGACUUCUACUGGCUCACCAACUUCAUCGAGACCAUGCUGGUCCAAAUGUGGUACCCCAUCACCGUGGCAACCCUCUCCCGGGAGUUCAAAAAGAUCCUCGCCAAACAUCUGAAGGCCACGUCUGGAAGUUUGGAGGGGCUGGAGUACAAACUGCAUGAUUUCGGCUACAGAGGAGUCUCCUCUCAGGAGUCAGCAGCGCUGGGCGGAGCCGCACACCUGGUGAACUUUUCCAGCACAGACACAGUGGCUGGAGUCCUCAUGGCUCAGCGCUACUACAGCUGCCCCAUGGCUGGUUUCUCCAUACCUGCUUCUGAGCACAGCACCAUCAUCUCCUGGGGCCGGAGCAGAGAGAAGGAGGCGUACGAGAACCUGCUGGACCAGUUCCCCUCAGGCCCCGUGGCGGUGGUCAGCGACAGCUACGACAUCUUCAAGGCCUGCAAGCACAUCUGGGGAGACAAGCUGAAGGAGAGAGUGAUGGAACGCAGCGAAGACUCCGUCCUCGUCAUCCGGCCCGACUCGGGAGACCCCACAGAGACGCUGCUGGAGGUGAUAAAGAUUUUAGAGGAGUGUUUUGGCUGUUCUCUGAACUCUGUAGGCUAUAAAGUGCUUCCGUCGUACGUGCGCAUCAUCCAGGGCGACGGGAUCGAUCUCUGCUCAGUCGAUAAGAUCCUGAAGAAGCUCAGCGACGAGGGCUGGAGCGCGGAGAACGUAUUCUUCGGCUGUGGAAGCGCCCUGCUGCAGAAGAUCAACAGAGACACUCUGAACUGCGCGUUUAAAUGCAGCUAUGUGGAGAGUAGCGGGAAGGGGAUGGACGUGUAUAAGCAGCCAGUAACAGACCCGUCUAAAGGAUCGAAGCGCGGUUGUCUGUCACUGAAGAGAAACUCGGAUGGGUUUAUAGAGACAGUGGAACGGGGUGCAGGCAAACCAGAGGAGGACAUGCUCGUCGUGGUGUUCGAGAACGGGACCAUCCUGAAGGAGUACUCUCUGGACGAGAUCCGGAAGAACGCACAGCUUUGGGAGGAGGACCUGAGUCCGGCGCAGCACAACCAGGACCACAGCAGCGUGCUGGACAUCCACCAGAAACACAUCCUGAACGGCUUGCACUAAUCACGACGCCGCCCGCCCAUCAACGGACCAAUCCCAUCCCCUCCUUCCCAUCAAACCCCACCCGUUUCCCCGUCAUGCUCCACCCCAUUCCCAGUACGCCUUCUGUGUCCAUCCGGCCAGCGCAAACAACCUCCAUCCUUCACGGACUGAGCGGUCACAGUGACGUUUGAUUUAUUUUUAAAAAAUAUUUUUUUUUAGAUCACGGUGAUGCUAAAUCAGGGUUUUUACAUCUUUUAGGUUUUUGUUUCAGCCUAGCAAAACAUUUUGACAUCGAAGUGUUGUGCAGUGGUGGAAAGAACAUCGAUAAACCGAAAUGAUAAUUACUUCAGUUGAGGAGAAUUAGCACUAAAUUAGCAAAGUCGUCUGGGGUUUUUUGUUGUUGUUAUUUUUAAACUCAGGAGUUGCUCACAAAGUGUAAAUACAUCAAGUUAAUCGAAUAGUCAUUGUAUUCAUAGUAUUCCAUAGUCUGCUUUCCACCACUGUCUAAUUUUCACAAAAUGCCAAAUAACGCUAUUGGUGCUUAUAAAAGACCGUUAGUGUAUUACCAGCAGGGCUUGUUUUUUUGUUUGUUUGUUUUCUUUUCUUUUUUUUUUUUUUUGUUUUUUUCUUCAGAUUUUCGAAUGUUUUUUGUGGAAUUUUACUGAUGAAUUGCUUUUAAAAAAAAAAUGUAAAAAAAAAAAAAAAAAAUUAAGAAAGGAAGGACAAUUCAUAUCAGGUUAUUGAAUCAUCUCCAGGUCAGAAACGAUUUCCUUUUAUGCAGCUUUUAAAAAUAAAUAAAAAUGAUACAUCCAGUACAGCCUAUGCACCUCCCACAGGAGCGGUAUGAAAUAUACUCGAUAAUACUGCAUUGGAUACGUAGAAGGCAGCACGUUCGCGUCAUUUUCUAAUCGGAUUUGUUCUUCUCCGUCGCUUGUUGAACGAUUAUUCUCGCACUGGCCACUCGCAGUUACGUGCACUGCAUGACACUGAAUACGCACGCGGUUCUCCGUAUCACUGUUGUCGGAUUUAAUCGGGGGGGGGUUUAUAAGCACCGAAGAGUUCCGAUCUCACCAAAUCAGUGUAUUAAUGCUGCACAGAAAGCAGCACUUUCGAGAAGGUCACGUCUGUAAUGAUAUGCGUACGAAUACAUUCAUAAAGUUCUACUGCAUUUAUAAGGUGUUCGCCUUCUUCUUCUUCUUCUUCUUCUUCUUCUUCUUCUUCUUUUUCUUGUUUAUGAGAAUGCACUUUAUAGCAGUGUCUAUGAAGUGAACAUGAUAAUGUCAAAGAAACCCAGCUUGUAUACUAUAUUAUAUCUAGUUCUAGAUUAUACAUACUGACACCUGUCCUGUUUUUUUAUUAUUAUUAUUAUUAUUAUUAUUAUUAUUAUUAUUAUUAUUAUUAUUAUUAUUAUUAUUAUUAUUAUUAUUAUGGGAAGUGGUAGCUCAGUGGUUAGGACAUUGGACUUCUGAUUGUAAGGUCUUGAGUUCAAAUCCCAGUACCACAAUCUACCUCUGUUGGUCCCUUGAGCAAGGUCCUUAACCCUCAACCGCUCAGUUGUAUAAAUGACAUAAAUGUAAGUCGCUCUGGAUAAGGGCGUCUGCCAAAUGCAAUAAAUGUCAAUUGUUUCAGUGAGUUACAUUUUCACACAGGCUGAAACGCGACUGUAAUUAUUGCUAGAGGUAAAACACUAAAUAAUACAUCGAGGCAGCAGUUAGUAAUUGACAUGUAAGGUGCAGUAAUAAACAAGUAAUGUUUUAAACACUAUGUAUAACGCGUCAUGUGAACAGUUCGUACUGCAUAACGCGUUUCCAUCCAUAAUUGUUCUUGAACACCGUGUAUAUAACGCCUUAUGAAUGCAUUAGGACUUGAUAUGAACAUGUUCAUUGUUUAUUGUAUACAGUACUGUGCAAAAGUUUUAGGCACCCUAUUUUUGUGUGUGUGUGUGUGUGGGGGGGGCGCUCAAAUUUUGUAAUAGAUUUUUUUUUUUUUUUUUUUUUUUAACUUUCUGACAACAACAACAAAAAAAACAUUUUAGAUUCUCAAACGUUAGUUUUCCAGCACAAGAUGAAAUGUUUGCAUGUCGUUAAAGAAAGCCGUAAGAGAACACUUUUCAGACUAAAAAAAAAUACCACAAUGAUGGCUGCUGGGUUUUUUUUUGCAGAAAUAAUAAGACGCGAGUGCGACAGUCAAAGUCUCCAGAAGAACCGCGACUGGUUCUGCAACCUGCUCAAUAACACGUACCGCUCAUUUCCUUAUCAAACUGCACUAAUUGUUUCUGACUACUAUUUUUUUUUUUUUAUUUCUUUGUCACAACAAAUAUUGUUUAAUUUACUGCUGUUUACUGCGCUUUACAGUAUUUCUUUUUGAAUGUGGAAACAUUUUAAUUUGAUUAUUUUGAAGGCGUCUUCGCUCUACAGCAAUUCUUUUGCACAGUACUGUAUGUGGCCUUCAUAGAACGUGUUGCUGGACUUUCUUCCUCACACUAAAUCAGUGAAACUGAGUAUGGUGUGUGUGUGUGUGUGUGUGUGUGUGUGUGUGUGUGUGUGUGUCUGGAGUUGCUCACACUGCCUUAACACCCACUCGGACUCCGGUGCCCUUUUUUUUUUGGCGCACUCUCUUGUUUCUCACUCUCUCCCUCUAACGUCUCUAACCCUCUCCUUGUCUCACAUAAGUGACUGCUCUGUGUUUUUCGUUUUGUUUGUUUGUUUGUUUGUUUAAGUCCUUCGUCUUGUCAGUUUUUGUAUAAUUCAAGUGUUCCUUCCGUGUCCGUGUGUCUCGUCUGUCUGGUGGGAAUGGUGCGUUUUCUUAGUCGAUUCUGAACAUCGGAUAUGAAGCAGAUAUUGACCCUACCUCUUCUUUAUUGUUGGUUUUUUUUUUUUUUUUUUUUCUAUGCCACAAUAAUGCUGUUUAGUAAUAUGAAACAAUAAUAAUUACGCUAAAAAUGAUGUGCGUUAUGCAGUUGUGUAAAUACUUUUUGAAAUUGUAGCAGUAAUGUUUUUAGCUUUUAACUCUGAUUUUCUCUCAUACUUUUUUUUUUUUUCCUCCAUUUUUUGUUUUUACAAAUGUGAUAUUUAGUAUGAGGGGGAAAAAAAGUAAUAAAUACCUUCAGUUUCCACUCA